GCAUCAAUAUUUGGCCGAUGCAAAUGAAGCGGAGUCGUGGAUGCGUGAGAAGGAACCCGUGGUUGGAAGUACUGACUAUGGUAAAGAUGAAGAUAGUGCGGAAUCGUUGCUGAAGAAGCAUCGUGCGCUGACGUCUGAUCUUGAUGCCUUCAAAACGACUAUCGAUGAACUACGCAAGCAAGCGGCACAGUGCAAAUACCAAGAGCAACCCGGUGGGCAACUGGGCCGUGAAUGCGUGUUGGCCCUGUAUGAUUAUACAGAAAAGUCGCCGCGAGAAGUUUCGAUCAAGAAGGGCGAUAUUCUCACAUUACUGAAUUCAUCAAAUAAGGAUUGGUGGAAGGUCGAGGUAAACGACCGUCAAGGUUUCGUGCCAGCCGCAUACGUUAAGAAAGUUGAACCAGGGGCUGCACAACAACCAUCACAGCAGGUUUCAUCGAUCGGUGUUAAACAAAGCGAAAUCGAAGAUCAAUACCAGAAAUUGGUGAUGUUAGGUGAAACAAGAAAGCGUAAAUUGGAAGAGGCAUGCAAGGGCUAUCAGUUGUUACGUGAGGCAAACGAUUUGGCUGAAUGGAUUCGUUCACGGACUCAGCUGGCCGAUGAAGCAGUUGCUGCCCAACAAGAGAUUGGUACCGAUUUGGAGCAAGUGGAAGUGUUGCAGAAGAAGUUCGACGACUUCAAAGGUGAUCUAAAAGCGAACGAGAUGCGUCUUCAAGAAAUGAAUCAAAUCGCCACAUCGCUCACCUCUGUUGGACAAACGGAAACCGCCGUGAGAAUUCGUCAACAAAUUGAGGAUUUGAACGCGAGAUGGCGAGCGCUCGAAGAGCAAACGGAACAGCGUGAACAGCAACUGGGUUCAGCGCACGAAGUGCAACGUUUCCAUCGCGAUAUCGAUGAGACGAAAGACUGGAUUCUGGAGAAAGACGAAGCAUUGGAUUCCGAGGACUUUGGUCGGGAUCUGAGAUCCGUACAAGCGUUGCAACGUAAGCAUGAAGGCGUCGAGAGAGAUUUAGCGGCUCUGGGCGAUAAAAUCAAAACUCUGGAUGAAAAAGCGAAUCGUUUGCGUCAAACACAUCCUGAAGCAGCCGAGCAAAUCUACGAUUUGCAGCGUGAAAUCAACGAACAGUGGAAUCGACUGACGGCAAAAGCGAAUAACCGUAAAGAGAAAUUGCUGGACAGUUACGAUUACCAGCGCUUCCUGUCAGAUUUUCGUGAUUUGAUGCAGUGGAUCGCUGCAAUGAAUCAGCUGGUCUCAAGCGAUGAACUGUCAAACGACGUGACCGGUGCAGAAGCAUUGCUGGAACGUCAUCAGGAGUAUCGCACUGAAAUCGAUUCACGUGCCGCUACAUUCCAUGCGUUCGAACAGUUCGCAAAUCAGUUGCUGAACAGCCAUCAUUAUGCAUCAGAGAAUAUCAAGCAACGAUUGGAUGAUGUGAAUGAUGCACGACAAAAACUUGAAGAUGCAUGGGUACGUCGUCGUCACAUUCUCGAUCAAUGCUUGGAACUUCAACUGUUCUACCGGGAUUGUGAACAAGCCGAUACAUGGAUGAGUGCUCGUGAAGCGUUCUUGAAUCAAGAAGAUGCGGGUGAUAAUGUCGAGAGUUUGAUCAAAAAACACGAGGAUUUCGACAAGGCAAUCGCAUCUCAACAGGAGAAGAUCAGUGGUCUUGAAACGUUUGCGAAUCAGUUGAUCAAUCAAGAUCACUAUGAGAAGGAUGCGAUCGCAGACAAACGCAAUCAAAUCCUUCAACGUUGGGAACGUUUAAAGGGCGCAUUGAUUGAGAAACGUAGUAAGCUGGGUGAAUCGCAGACACUGCAACAAUUCUCGCGAGAUGCUGACGAAAUCGAGAACUGGAUUGCUGAGAAGUUCCAAAUCGCGCAAGAAGAAAGUUAUCGUGACCCGACACACAUUCAGCAGAAGCAUCAGAAACAGCAAGCAUUCGAAGCUGAGUUGGCAGCAAAUGCAGAUCGUAUCGCAACACUGAUAACUGCAGGACAGAAUCUUAUCGAUGGAAGCAAGUGCGCUGGUGGAGAGGUUCCAUCUGCAAGUGUUAAACUCCUUACUAACAUUUCAUUUUUAUUUGCUCUCUCUUGUGUUUUCUAUUCUUGCCAUCAAGUAGACCUAAAAAGAAGUAGGUGA